AUGCCAGAGACGAAAGCCCCCUUCCGUGCCGAGCACGUCGGCUCCCUCCUCCGUCCAAAGGAGCUCCUCGCCGACCGCGCAGCCUUUGACGCUGGCAAGCUAUCCAUGGAAUCACUGGACGCCGCCGCCGACAAGGCCAUCGACAAGGCCAUCGCCAUGCAGGCCGACCUAGGCUUCCACGCCCUCACGGACGGCGAGUAUCGCCGCGGCAUGUUCUGGGGCGAGUUCUUCCAAACCCUCAACGGCAUGGAGGAACGCGACAACAUUCCCGUCUCAAAGUUCCGCGACUACGUUCCCGACGUCAUGGUGUUCCACGAGAAUGGGGGGUGGGGCCGCUCAUGUGUGUGUACUGGCCGUAUCUCUCAUUCCGGCACAUCGAGCUUGUUGAAGGAAUGGACAUAUACCCGCGACCACGCCAACAAGCUUGGCCGUGAGGCAAAGCUCACCAUGAUCUCGCCGGUUUGGUACCACCUCCGAUACAAGGAGGGCGAGGCGUACCCGUCGAAUGCGUACAGUAGUGACAAGGAGUACUUUGCCGAUAUUGCCGCGGCGUUUCGCGCCGAGCUCGACAUUCUCUACGAUGCUGGUGUGCGCAACGUCCAGAUCGACGACCCGAACCUUGCCUAUUUCUGUUCCCAAGUCAUGAUUGACGGGUGGGCCGCUGACCCCGCCAACAAAUACACCCUCGACGAGCUCUUCGAAACCUACAUCGCCGCCUACAACGAUUGCCUCCGCGACCAUAAAGACAAGAUACACUUUGGCCUCCACCUGUGUCGAGGCAACUUUAAGAACUCGCGCCACUUUGCUGAGGGAAGCUACGACCGGAUCGCCGCCAAGCUCUUCAACCAAGUCAAUGUCCACACCUAUUACCUGGAAUACGACACGGAGCGUUCUGGUGGGUUUGAAUGUCUCGCCCACUUGCCGGCGGACAAGCGCGUCGUGCUCGGCAUCAUCACGUCCAAAUUUGCCGAGCUGGAGAACAAGGCCGACAUGGAGGCGCGGGUACGCCAGGCCGCCAAGUUUAUGGCCCGCGGCGGAAGCGAGGACGAGGCCAUGACACGUAUCAGCGUGUCCCCACAGUGUGGGUUUGCGUCGAAUGAGGAGGGUAACGCCAUCUCGUGGGAUGGCAUGGUUGGCAAACUCGGCCUUGUGCGCGAGAUCGCAAACGAGAUGUGGCCCGGCGAACCCUAA